AUGGACGAUCACAAAAAGCCCGACCCCAGCACUCCUCACCAACACCACCACGCAAACUCGAUUAGGGGCCAGUCCAAACCGGAUCAACAAGAUCCCUGGGACACUGCAGCGAAAAAGACCCGCGCGACCAAAACCAGAUUCGACAAUAGGUACACCAGCCCCCUCCCCAGCCUGACCACCUCAAGCAGCCAUCUGGUGGUUGAAAGUAUCCAGACUGGCAGACCAACAACCCCGGACUUGGACUCACCAGCAGACCAAUGGGAAGUCGACACACCCCCACCAGCCAAACAUCAUCACCUCGCACCCACACCCCAGAUGCAACUUGGGAUAGAGGACGAUGACAUGAGGUAUGCCAAUGAAAGCCCUGAAGCAGAGAAAGGAGACCAGACACAUAGGACUGUCUACGACACGUUCGAGGCAAUGCACGACCUAACUGACAGAUUUAAUGGCAUUAGACUCACAGGCUUGUGGGAGAACUUCCAGGAUGAGUACAUGCUAUGGUAUAGUAACCUACCAAGGCUGGCAACCCUGGAUACCUUCCCCACCCCUUCAUGCGACAGUGAACUGGAAGAACGACUGAAAACAGUCGAAUCUAACAUAAGCUGCCUGACUGAAGCUAAUGCAUAUUUGACAGAUAGGUUACUAACUACAGAGAUACCCACCAUGGCUGCCCUCCCCUGUAACCGCAACACACGCGACCCGAACACGAUGGCGGCACCAAUGGCAAACCCGCCCCUGGCCAAAACCAACCAGGUCAAGACAUCCUGGGCGAGCGUAGCAGCAAGCCCACCCCCGGCUACGACAACCACGGACACGCAGGCACCCACCACAAACCCUCACGUCCUUAUCAUAUGCAAAAUCAACGACAUGCUUGAUGCGAAGAACCUUCCACACUACCUGAGAGUCAUGGCAGUCGGAUACUCCCUAGCAGGCAAGGUCAAAAUUACGAUGGCCCCCACUUGCUGUGCUGCGGACUUGGAAAAAUAUGGCAAAGAAAUCGCAGCGACCAUCACCGACAACAAAGUGCUGUCUGCCCUACCGGACAUGGAGCACUUCCGGGUCAAGAUAAACAAGAUCCCCACGCAUUGCGACAACAUCCUGAUUCCAAUCAGUGGAGCUAAAACAAUGGGGCCCGCUCAAAUGGCUCGGGUCAGAUGA